AUGUCUAGCGCAACACCCACUGUGGAGCCACUCUCUCACCUCCAGACACAUCAAACAGCCAAGAAACCAGCAGAAUUGGCCACCAAGCACAACACACGUCUCCUCAACACCGAUAGUCUGAGCAGAGAAUACAAGAGUGCCAACAAACGGCUAUUGAUGUUUGACUAUGAUGGCACUCUCACUCCAAUCGUCAAGAACCCUGCCGAUGCACAGCCAACCCAGAACCUCUUGCGUUACCUGGCCGCACUCUGCAGAGACCCAUCAAACACCGUCUGGAUCAUUUCUGGCCGCGACCAGGAAUUCUUGCAGACCCAUCUAGGCCACAUUGAACGGCUCGGUCUUAGUGCCGAACACGGCUCUUUCAUGAAAUUGGCAGGUACCCACGAAUGGAUCGAUAUGCUCCAGAACGCAGACAUGAGCUGGAAAAGCACGUGCCUAAAGAUAUUCGAAAACUAUACCGCACAAACUCCUGGUACAGUUAUUGAGCAGAAGAAAUCAUCGAUCACGUGGCAUUACCGCAAUGCAUUGGAUCAAGACGAAGCUUAUCGUCAAUCGCUGCUAUGUUAUGAAGAAUUGAAAAAGAUCGGAGGUGUGGACAUCUUGGUUGGUAAGAUGAACUUGGAGGUGCGGUCUCUGUUGGUCAACAAGGGAGAGGUUGUCAAGAGAAUACAGACCCAAGAAGGACCAGCCGAUUUCAUUCUGUGUGCUGGUGAUGACCAGACAGACGAAGACAUGUUUCGUGCCCUGUGUGACGACAAGCGCGCUUUCUGUGUCCUGGUCGGGCCCCCUAACAGAGAGACUUUGGCCGGAUGGUGUGUGGAGAGCAGUGAGCAGGUUGUUUCACUAUUGGGAUCAAUGGUUCCUCAAGUCACAAAUGGCAGCAAUAGCUCUCUGUAAAUUCCUUUUAUUUUUAAUUUUCUUUAAUUUUCUUAAAAAAAAAACAAAAAACAAUCAUUACCACAAACUAUUACAACUAUUACUGUCAUAACAACCGCCACCGCCAUCAUUACCACCGCCAUCAUCGUAAUCUCUAAUCAAUAAAUAUAAUAAGGUGUUUCAGUAU